AUGGCUCAUUCGGCGUGCGCUGCAUUGGUGUUCGGAUGCCUUUCCCUUCCCGGGGCCUGGUCCAAAAUAGUUACAAACCAGAGCCCUCAAGGUCCAGGUCAGGCUUGGCUGGGCAUCAACGGCGGGUACACUGGGAACUACAACGACAGCCUAGGACGGCUGUGGUACAGUUCUGAGACGCCUUACAGCGCGCACACCUGGGGUGGCUACAUUGGCGCGAAGCCCAAAGCAUGGUUUCGAGCCAACUGGAUCGAUGGCAACGAGACCCUGGGCAAGCACACAUGCCGCAACUGGCCUCCAAGCUACGACCAAGACUACGAUGCUCUUCUGCACCACUACAGCAGAGAGAACACUUGGAAGAAUCAGACUUAUCGGGUAAACCUCCAGGCACCCGAUGCUCCGGUGAGUUUCUAUACCGUCACGUACACUUUCUGUGAAACGAAAGACAGGGGUGGCAAGAAGUGGGACAUUGUGAUCAAUGGGAAGACUGUCAAAGAGGACUACGUCGGUAAGUGGGCUCAUCACCACACGGACAUCUACAACUUUAAGUGCAUUCCCACAAGCGCUGGCAUGAUCGAGGUCUCACUCGUGGCCAAGGACAGCAAUAAGCCCCAGGCCAGGUUCUCUACCCUGGAGUUUGUCAAGUCCACGGAGGGCUGUGGCGAGUGCGAGGGCAGGUUCUGUGGCAAGGGCUUGUGCACUGCCUCGAGUUUCUAUGACAGAACGUUGGAGGGCGAAUGGGGGGCGAGGUGGACGUCGCUUCUCCCGAACCUAUUUGAAACGGAGGAGCCGGAGAGCCUGUUGGCUUGUGCUUGUGAUGAAGGAGUGGAAGGCGAUUCUUGUGACGUUGGCGUUUGCGCAGCGGUGAGCUGCAACGAACCCUUCGGUGGCUUCUGCAACGAGACUGGCGUCUGCACCUGUAUCAAUGGCUACCAUGGUGAGCACUGCAGCAUCAGCCCCGAGCUGGACCAGUUCGGCUGCUAUGAGGACCAUCUGCAGGUGUCGGCUCGCCUGACUGUCUCCACGGUGUGCCUGCCCGAGCUCAUCGCCGGCCCGGCUCGUCAUGGCAACGUCUUCCGCGGGCCUUCCCAGAUGAGCACGGUGUCUGACAAGGUGCGGCCGGACUAUGUGUACUUCUCCUGGACUGCAGACGUUCCGUACGGCAGGCCUGAUGUCGCGCCUGGCAGCGAGGGCCGAGUCUACAUCAGCAAGCUUAAGGUGCCCUGGAAAGGUGUACCUGUCUUGGAGGAGAGCUUUGCCUUUCAAGGCUUCGUCCGUGCCGGCGGCAUCGACAUGACAGAGGACGGAAUCCUGGGCACAAUCUGCGCCAAGUACUGGCAACCUUGGGUGGAGAACAAGAACAGCCACUUAGACAAAGCGGCUAUGGUGGUGGCUGUGUGCGAAGUGAACAGCAGCACCAUGGAACAGCACAGGUUGCCGUGGCAGAUUGGCAAGCAAUACCAGGAGACGGUCACUGCCCCAAACACGGGGAUAUGGGGCAGCUACCCCAUGUCUGCAUGGUGGGCCCAGCGUUCCGCAGGCUACGGCUAUCUUCUGUAUGCCCCGGAACAGCGGAUGUGGACGGCCUGGUAUGGGGCCACUGUAGAUCACCACACCGGCUAUGCCAUGCACACCUACCACCGCGAUGCACCAGGGAUCAGCGACGAGGAGUACGCAGCCUACAAGUACCCAGUGCCUCGGGACAUGGUGGAGCCCCGCCAGGAAGCAGAUGGUCCUUGGCGGGACCACCACCGCACCGGCACAGGCGAUCACCAGAAGUCGGCGGCCUGGGCAUACCACCCGCUUCUGAAGGACAUUGGCCUUUACAAGCACGAGUAUGGCCCUGCGAGAAUGCAGCAGUAUGGCCUGGCGCAGGAGCCCAUCGGGAUGCCGCCCGCGGGUAACUUCCGGUAUGUGGGGCACCGCGGCGGCAUGGAUUUGAAGUUCCCACAAGAUGAAGGCUAUGAUUAUGGCUACAGCGACGAUGAGUCCGACAAAGCCUUGCAAGCCAAUGCCAUUAGGCCAUGUGGGGAGGAUUGGAUCUUGGCGUUUCCUUCGGACAAGGGCAAUGUUUGCGCACAGAUCACACGGCUCGGAGAGAUCAACAUCUGGAAGGUCAUCGAUGAGGCAGUGGCGAAAAUGCCCUGUGGAGCCAGUGGUGGCAACUGUGGCGAUGGGGCACCGGGACGCAUGCUGCGCCUCGCACCCCUGGGGACUUCCGAGCAAAACCCGACAUGCGGCCCGGAAGCCCGAUUUCUUUUCGGCUACGAAAAGCCGGAUCGCACGCGCUGGCUCGUGGAACUCGAUGGUGACUGCAACGAGGUCACGGAAAGGCUGGACGUCACCAAGCACACGCACUGGCCGCUCUACCAG